CAGCAACCUACCCACCCACCCGGCCCACCAGCCACUUGCAGUGCUCGCCGUUCCCCACUGGUCACGGUGCCCCUCCGUACAACUAGUUACAUUUGGUGUUUCUCCUCUUUUGGUCACGUCUGUGUUUGGCACUGCAGUUAACGUACAAAUUUGGUAUGAAGAAGUUAUGGGAAUAGAAAAUUUAUUCUGAUACUGGCUAAAUAUGGAAGUGAACUGCAUCAUGUGCUUUUGAUUUGCAAAAAUAAUUUUGAAAGAAAUAUAAAAUGUUGCAUACAGUCUUUUGCAAAUAUUAUUUCAAUGAAUAUAUUUUUGAAAUUAAUAAAAAUUUAGUUGGGCACAUAAACAAGAAAAGAAAACUACAUAGUGACUGAGGAAGGAUUACUGUAUUAUUUAAAGACAAAAAACGGAACUGUAUUGAUAGUUUUUUUAAGAAAAACUGAAGUGGUAUGUUUACUUGAAGUGAGCAGAAAUUUCGUAACCACUAACCAUGAACCCAGUAUGUGCUUAAUAAGAAGACCAGUCUUACCAUAUAAUUAAUGGAUGGGGUGGAACACCAGUCCAGAUACUAUGGAAACUUGAAAAUUAUAAUGGAAAAAUUAGUUAAUGGUAAGGUAAUACAAAGAGGCUUGUUGUGUGAGUGUUGGGUGUGGUGUGAGGUGGGAGAGUCAUCAUGAUGACCCAGAAGAUGUGGAACCGCCUCCACUCUCUAUACCACAAGGUGGUGGGUGGCGUGGCCAGCAUCUCUGACCACGACCACCAGCUACAGGGUGCUACCAAGCGCUCACCAGAAUUGAUCGCCAUCAAGUUGAAAGGCAGAUGGUUCCACCCGAACGUGUCGGGAUUGGAGGCAGAGGUGCUCUUGAAGGAGCGAGGCAUCGAAGGCUCCUUCCUUGCACGUCCCUCCAAGUCAAACCCUGGCGACUUUACUCUGUCAGUACGACGGAAUGGUGAAGUAACUCACAUAAAAAUCCAGAAUAUGGGUGAUUUUUAUGAUUUAUAUGGAGGAGAGAAGUUUGCAACAUUGGCCGAGCUUGUACAGUUUUAUAUGGAAAACCAGGGUCAGCUGCGUGAAAAGAAUGGAGAAGUCAUUGAACUCAAGUUUCCACUGAAUUGUGCAGACCCUACAACUGAGAGGUGGUUUCAUGGUCAUCUGUCCGGCCGUGAAGCAGAGAAACUGAUAUUGGAAAAGGGCAAGAAUGGUAGUUUUUUAGUGCGAGAAUCGCAGAGUAAACCUGGAGACUAUGUGUUGUCUGUACGCACCGAUGAUAAGGUUACACAUGUUAUGAUCAGAUGUGUGGAUAAUAAAUAUGAUGUUGGUGGUGGAAGAAAGUUUGACACUCUCAGUGAGUUGGUGGAACACUACCGACGGAAUCCAAUGGUAGAACAAUCUGGUACUGUUGUUCCCUUGAAAAUGCCCUUUAAUGCUACAAGGAUCAAUGCACGAGGCAUUGAUAGCAGAGUGCGAGAGCUGUCGCGUCGACGCCAGACAAGUUUUGACCCGUCAUUACAGAAGGAGCAUCAGGUACCCACUAUGGGGAAGGCUGGAUUCUGGGAGGAAUUUGAAUCCCUGCAGCAGCAAGAAUGUAAGCAGUUAUACUCCCGCAAGGAAGGACAGAAACCAGAAAAUCGUAACAAGAAUCGUUACAAGAAUAUUUUACCAUUUGAUCAUACACGGGUCAUACUACGAGAAACAGAUCCAGGCAUUCCAGGGUCUGAUUAUAUCAAUGCCAAUCUCAUUUCAAGUGAAGAGGAUGCUGGGAUUGAGGCUAAAACCUAUAUAGCUACACAGGGUUGUUUACCUUCCACCUGUGCUGACUUCUGGUGGAUGGUGUGGCAGGAGAACACAAGAGUCAUUGUCAUGACAACUAAAGAAGUGGAACGAGGGAAGAAUAAGUGUGGUCGUUACUGGCCUGAAGAAGGUUCAAGUAAGGAGUAUGGACGUAUCACAGUUCGUAACAUUUCAGAGAGUUCAAACAAUGACUACAUCCUACGAGAAUUUCUUGCCAUCAAAGACGACUUACCUGAGAGAAAAGUAUUCCAUUAUCAUUUUACUGCUUGGCCAGACCAUGGUGUUCCGUCCGAUCCUGGAUGUGUUCUGAAUUUCCUACAUGAUGUCAACAAACGACAAGAAGACAUACCAUCAGCUGGGCCUGUGGUUGUCCAUUGCUCAGCUGGUAUUGGGCGCACAGGAACAUUCAUUGUCAUUGAUAUGAUUCUUGAUCAGAUAAAGAGACAGGGUCUUGAUUGUGAAAUUGACAUACAGCGCACAAUCCAAAUGGUUCGAUCACAGCGUUCUGGAAUGGUACAGACAGAAGCGCAAUAUAAGUUUGUUUACCUGGCUGUCGAGCACCAUAUAGAAACUGUUCAACAGCGUAUAUCAGCAGAGCAGAAGAGCUUGCAGCUGGGUCGUGAGUACACAAACAUAAAGUAUAGUAGUGAGGCUGCAGGAGGCAUAGAGAUGGGAAAAUCUCUGUCACGAUCAACCAUCUCACUUCCCACAACACCGUCGACCACUCCACGUGAUCCUAAACGACCUACUUCAACUGCAACGCUACCUAAAACACAAUCAGAAAAUCAUCUACCAAGGCCUCCUGAUGAAGUUCUGAAGCAGAUCUAUGAAAAUGUUCCUCCGGCUGUGAAAGAGAAGAAGACAAAAUCUGCCACGAUGUCCCCAACGACACCUACAUCCCCCACCUUUCCUACACCUCCCAUUAGUUUUCCUACUGCUCCAGUUGGUGCCAGUGCAGCUUUCUCUUCUCCUGCUGCUGCACCACGCCCCUCUAUGCCACCACGGGCCACCUGACAAAAAAGUUCAGAGUAGAAAGAGUUUCUCAUGAGCUAUGUUUCUGGUUUCUGUUUGGGUCAGUUCUGUUAAAUUCCUAACUUUUAAAAGUGUUAGAGAAACCUUAAAUGGACAAAAUAAAUAUCUCUCCAUGUACUAGUUAUUUACUGAAAUUUGCAGGACCUUUCUGCUCUGAACAAGUGGACUGUCUCUGAGUUGCUGAUAAAUUUUUGUACAAAUAUUGACAGGCUGGGCCUACUGAUAACGAGUUUAACAGAAGACGAAGCUGUAAUUUUUAUUGAAAUGAAGAUGAGCUCUAAAAUCAGAUAAAAAUCAUUUGCUACUAUUGUCUCGUCUGAAUCUGCUGCAGAUUGCAUUGCUAGUCAACUGCAUUUUUGGUUAUUAGUUACUAGAACUACGAUGUCCGACACAAAAAUAACGAGACUGACCCUAUAACUCGGGAACCAAGAGUGGUAGGGGAGGGACAAACAGACGGUUAUUGAACAUGCUUUAACCUGUCACAGUGUGACAAGGCUCAACUCGAUAGCUUCACUCAGUACAAGUGGACACAUGUUGAAGUAUAGAAGUGUUCUUAUGCUCCGUCGGAAAAUGUCGGACUGCAAAACUGAGCAACGAGUUAACAUCAAGUUUCUCGUUAAACUUAAGAAAUCCUUGAUGGAAGCUUUUCAAUUAUUGACUGAGGCUUAUGGUGAAGAUUGCAUGUCUCGUGCUCGCGGUUUUGAAUGGCACAAACGAUUUUCGGAAGAUGAUAACCGCCCAGGCUUUCCACUCACAGCACUUACCGAUGACAACACUGAAAAAGUGUGAGAUGUGAUUAGGUUGGGUGUUCAAGCAAUAGCCGAGAAAGUUAAUUUAGACAAAGAAAGUGUUCGACACAUUCUAACGGAAGAAUUGCACAUGACAAAGGUUUGUGCAAAAAUGGUUCCAAAAUUGCUGUCAGAUGAACAACGCGCCAGCCCACAACCCUGUGUCUGUGAAGCAGUUUUUAGCCAAUAAAAACAUCACUGCUUGAGCAUCCACCCUAUUUGCCAGACCUGGCUCCCUGCGACUUCUACCUCUUCCCAAAGAUCAAGUCAGUGCUCAAAGGAACCAAUUUUUUGUCGGUAGAAGAGGUGAAAGCAAAAACGACGGAGCUCCUCAACAGCCUUACAGAACUUGAUCUGCGGAAUUUCUUUGAACUGUGGCAGCAUCGUAUGCAGCUGUGUUUCAACAAAGAAGGUAAUUACUUUGAAGGCAAUCACAGUUGAUUUUCUUAAUUUGGUAAAUAAAAAGUUACAGCAUCAGUCUCGUUUUUUGUGUCGAACCUCGUGUAAAGCCUCUACAGUUUUCAAAUGAGAUUUACAAAAAUUAAUUCCUCUUGUCUUGCUCUGAGAGAGCACUUGAAUGCAUUGGUGUUGGGAAUGUCAUUGCUGAAGCUUAGAGGGCUAUAAAUUCCUGAUAAGAUUAUAUUUGUGUAUCAGAACAUGUAAAUAUAUAAGUGGUUCUGAAGCUGUACCUGAUGUGACCACACAGAGAAUAAAGCACUCCAGUCCAAUUAUAAAAAUCACCAAUGCAUCUCAAUGCAAUUUUUUCCUAAGAAUUUCAACAUUUAAUAUUGUUUAUACAUUCCAAAGUGAGAUAGUGUUCUGUUUUUCAACUGUAUCUAGUGAGGUGAAAUAUUUUCCAAUUCUAUUUUGAUGAUUCACUCAAUUUUCAUUUUUGCUUCAUGACAGCUAAUUAAAUACUGUAUUUUUCCUUAUUUCUAGAAUGUGAAUAAUGUUUAUAGACAAUAUACAGUAAUGAGACAGGAGAGUGAUCCUUAUUGGUUAUAGUUGAAAAAGGGAAUCUUAUACUGUAAUAAGCAUUUCUUUCUCGUCAUCCUCAAGUGAGCAAUUUGUCCAUAUUCAUAAUUUUUUCUCAGAUGUCUUCUUUACAGGCCUGCAUAUACAUCGUGGUGUUUCCCUUACUGGUUUAAAGUUAAAAAAUCUUCAUGAGGGCCAUUUUUUUUCCUUUAGAUGGCACUACUUUUGAUAUGACUAUCCAGUAGUUUUGAUGAGUGAUCCAUUAAGAAAAUUUGUACUGUAUUAUAAAUUACUGUCCAUGAAUUACAUAAACAUUUUUUUAAAUGUAAUUGGUUCUUUAAUUUGAGGUCUAUUAACUAUGUACUCUGCUUUUGAAAGUAAAAGAAAACAUUUACACUUCUGCAAUGCUGGCUGUUAUAUAAUGAUAUUGUGAUGCUUCAAGAUAGAUUGCCUCAACAGGUUUUCAUGGUACUGUACAGUAAUAUAUAUAUACUGUACAUGUUCUGUGGCAUUGCCUGACCUCUACUCUGAAACAAAUAAGCAGACACUUAUCAUGUAACUGGUAAUUUAGUAGUCAGCAAAUUCAAAAUCAGUACUGCUCAAAUAUCAUUAGCCUCUCAAAUGUUGUGGAAAAAUAGUAGGUAGUGGUUCCAAUUCAGAAGAUAAUUUUCAAUCCGAUUAAUGUAUUUUCAUAUAUGCAGAAGUGCUAAUUCUGCUUGAACAUUGGUUGAAGUUUAUUUUUAUCUUCCUCAAGAAUCCUUUGAUAUUUAACUCAACAAUUUUUUGAGAAUGUACAACAUGGUAUGUGUCAUUCUCAUUGAUACUUUUGUGUUGAAUAAUAUUUUGGAUAAGCUUGCUAAAUAAACCUGUGUAAGAUGCAGUUCUGGUUGUUGAAGAUAUCAGAAACUUUUCUUUCCAACAAGUCCUAAAGUUUGCAUUUAUAUUUAAUUAUGGUUUAUCAGUUGCCUGAAUUUUUAGGAUGAUAAAGCAAGCACAUCAAAAGCACAUAUUUUAUAUUAUCUAAAGAAAGUCUGCAAUACUGAUCCUCAAAGGAUGACUCAUUAUUUAAGAGAAGAAAUUCAUUCCCCUCUUAAAAGUUACCUUGCACACUAUGAUUACAUUUAUACUAUCAUUAGCUUUCCAAAAUAUGGUUCUCUGUUGCCAAAGGGGUAUGAAUCUGUUUGGUGUAGUAAUUCCAAGUGAAUAUGCACUUCAAUGACUUAUUUUAUGUUUCAUUGCAUUUUCUAAAGCCAAGUAUCAUUAAAGGUGAUUUCAGCAUACUGUAUUAUAUGCUGCAUGGCUUUGGAAGUGCAGCUGUGCACAAAAAGUCUUCUGGUUGUUAUGUGUGUGCCAAAUAAUGCAUCUUCUGUACUGUUGUGCUACUGUGCUUACAUGUAUCGUGCUCUCUGAUGACUGCAAGUCCACACAUUAGAGGAAUUACAACUUUGGUGUUUAUCUUCAGUGUUCAAAGACAUGCCAUUCAUUUGGAUGAAAUCCUUCACAUUCUUAUUUAUUAAUUGCAAUAUUACACUCUUCUUGACAUGCCUAUAAUUAGGCUGUUCCUGUGCUUGUCUUACCUUACCAUGUUGCUCAUCACAUCUUGUGGUUGAAUGUUAUGCUUGGGGAAAAAUUAUUAAAAUUGUUGUAUACAUUAAAUCUCAUACAUGGACAGUUAAUUGUAUUGUGAGCAGCUGGACUAGUUGUACUUCGAUGUAUAGCAGUAACCAUAUGCUAUCUCUGAUUUCAAAGAAAAUAUGGAUUAAGGAUAUCAACUUAUAAAGAAAUGAUGUAGUGUUAUGAGUGUUGUGUGAAGUAUAAACAUGUUUUCUAGUAAAUGGACAAUGACUAGCCAACAUUUAUAUGGUGGUAAGCCCAGUUAUCAUCAUAGUCAUAAAUAAUGCUGCUACAAAUAUUUGAUUCCAAUUCUUAAGUGAUAUAAAAUGAUUACUCUAUUUUCCGUAAUAUUUUUUGAAUCCCAAUAUGUUUUCAGCUUAAUAUAUUUACAGGGAUUUCUAUGUCCAUGUACAGUAUAUCCUAUUUAAGGUAUUCAUGCUUUUUUUUUUUUUUUUUUUCCUUCAGAUGUAAUGCAUUAUAGGAUGUUACCAAGCUCAAAACAGUGUGAACAACUUGAUAUACCUAGUUGAAAUUUUUGGGUAAUGCUUUUAUAUUUUAUUAUAGCAAAAUAGAUUUGUAAUUGGUAUGCUUUUUGGAUGCCAUGGUUUUAAAGUUGAAAAUCAGCAAUUCAUUUGUGACAUCAUCUUCCAUUAAUCAUAUGUUAAAAUGUAAUCUAUAGUUAAUAUUUAUUUUUCUGCCUUUGUUAUUGUGAAUUACAGGGGAGCAUCGACUAUCCAUGAUAAACAGUUAAAAACCUUGUCUGGUGGCUGUAACUAUAGACUGGAAAUGUAAUUUUACCACUCCCAUCAUUUUUGUUGAUAUGAUUGUUCAGCAAAAUAGAAAGCUAUUUAAGAGAGAAAAUAUAAUCAAAAUAGAAAACCAUUUAGGAAGAUAUAAAAGCAGUUAUCUUUAGUUAUUUUGAUUAUCACUUAAUUUUGUCUUAGAUUCCAGCAAUAUAAACAUUUGUAAAUAGAGGUUUCAUUUUAACUGUACAUAGUUGUUUGACUCAGAUCAUGAAUUCCUUGUACUUUGUUCAUGCCACCCUUGGAGCCAUCAAGAGGGGUUCACUCAUAUCUGUUAUAAUCAAUUUAGCAUUGCUGUAUCCCUGUUCUCCUGUUGUUAUCAGUUUUUUAGAUGUGAGAUACAUUCAAUUGCUGUUUAAUAUGAUAAUAAUGGAUAGUCGAUGCUGUGCUGUACACUAAUUUGAAGAAUUUUUUAGUUUCUUUGUAUUUGGAAUAGCACCAGGAAGUCAGUUACUAGAUAAAUUAAAAGUUCUCUGUUUGUGUCGAAUUAAGAGAUGCACCAAGACUUUAAUAAGAAAGACAAUGCUUUUAAUGAUUUUUACAAGAAGAAAUGCCAUAACUUUUAGCAUAUAACUUGCUGAAUUAAUGGUUUCAGUGUGCAUUGAAAGUUGUUUGAGGGAUCAACCAGUGUGUCCAAGAUUAUUCAAAGGUUUCCCAGCACAGGAGAGAGAGUAUCAGGGAUAAAGUGUUAGAUGUCUAAGAGAUGACUACCUGAUGUAUUUAGUUUUCAUUCCUUUGUUUUAUCAAGCCCUCUUUCUGUGUCGUCAUAUAUUGUCUUUACAUUUCAUUGUAGCAGUAUCCCUCGACAUGCAACAUAAGUAUGUUCUGUGGAUGUUAUUGCUUUGUGCUCUAUACAAAUUCCCUGUUGACUGUUCUGAAAUAUACAGAUUUUAUUGUAAUUUA